CGCGUGACCGGUGGUAGGUCACGUGACGCGGCCCGCGAGCGCCGGGCCUCCCAAGAUGGCGGUUUGCGUCGCGGUGAUCGCUAAGGAGAAUUACCCACUGUACAUCCGCAGCACCCCCACAGAAAAUGAGCUGAAGUUCCACUACAUGGUACACACGUCCCUGGACGUGGUGGACGAGAAGGUCUCUGCCAUGGGCAAGGCCCUGGUGGACCAGCGGGAGCUCUACCUGGGCCUGCUGUACCCUACAGAGGACUACAAGGUAUACGGCUAUGUGACCAACUCGAAGGUGAAGUUUGUCAUGGUGGUGGACUCCUCCAACACAGCCCUGCGGGACAACGAGAUUCGCAGCAUGUUCCGGAAGCUGCAUAACUCCUACACAGACGUGAUGUGCAACCCAUUCUACAACCCGGGCGAUCGCAUCCAGUCCAGUGGGAACUUGGGGAUCUCUCUCUCCUGCAGGGCCUUCGACACCAUGGUGACAUCUAUGAUGAUCCAGGUCUGCUGAGCUCUUGCAGUCGUAGGGAAACGCGUGACUGCGGGAGACAUGUCUUCCUCUUGCCUCUCCCUGAAUGCGACACGCUGUUUAGGUGCACGCACGUCUCAACUAAAAGUCUUAUGUUGAGAACUGA